UCUAAAAGCACAAAUAUUCAGUUUGUUAAUAACGUUUGAGGUAGAUGUAAAUAAAUCGUAAAAUCUAACACUUGCUAAAUGUUCGACAAGGACGAAAGAACGUAAACAAUUCAAAAUGAUUGAUAUUCUCUCGUUGCCGCGACGGAAUAAUGUGGCAGCCAAUCAGGCUCUUCUCAAAUUAAUUAGUUUUAAAACAGGAUUGCCCAUUAAUAGCUUACCAGGAUGGGAACUAAUACCAUUGAAUUGUAAGUUGCCCAUGCUUAAGUGUCCAGGGAAUCAGGUUAUAUUUUCGAGAAAUAAAAUAGGACAAUCGUUCAAAAGCGCUAAACAAGAAUUCGAUUCAUCUGUCUCGGAACAUAUACCUGAAUAUAAUCCACUGCACGAUUCCAAUUUAAAGACGUUUUAUUCGAACGAACGCAAUCUAAAGCGUCUCAGGGAGAACGGCGAGAUCACACAGGAUAAUGAUGUCAUAUGCAAUCUUAAAGAUUUUAAUCAACAUCGACAGGAUCUACACAAAUCGCAGUUAUAUUAUGUUUUGCAGGCUUACAGGCGUCGCGAGGCGGAACAACACGACCGUAUGCUGAUUGCCAACGCUGAAUCGAUCACCAAGCGUGAUCAUCUGAAUUUGGCGGCACGACAUCAAUGCUACGAGGAAGUGGUUGCCCGGAAGGAACGUUUAGAGGAAGAACGUCAUAGACGAAUGGUACAUUUGAAUAAUAUCACACAGGAGAAAUUCAAACGACUCGAGAAUCUAGCCUCAAUGCAAAAUAUGCUUCUGAAGCAUCGCAAAAUGCUGACAAAUAUGCGAGUGCAGGCUCAUAUCAGUCUGUGUCAAGAUUUAAAGCGCAAACAUUUAAUAAAACAGAAGAAACUCUUUCAAUUCAAAAAGGAUCGUUUCAAUAAAAACAUGAGAAUGUUACGCAAACAGCGUUUGACCAAGAACACAGAAGGGCAAAUACAAUCUUGGCGUAAACGUUUGGAUGAACGCAUUGCAAAUCAACGUCGGAUACAUGUCCUUCUCCAGGAGGUGGAAAAGGAGCGUGAACUUUUCAUUGAAAACCAUAAGGCCAAAUAUCGAGAAAAGUGGAAGCAAAUUCAGGAUGAGAUCAAGGAGCGAGCUCGACUGGCCAUGAAGGCACGACAACCCAAACGGCGUAAGCGCAAGAAGAAGCCUAAAAAAGUGCAGCCCUUAUUUUGCGAUGAAUACCAGGCAUCGUUUAAUGGUCUUUUGGACAGUGAAUUGUGUUAUGCUUUGAACGCAGCUAUUGCCAUGGAGGGUCAAACUCCGCUAACAUUCGCACCUGAUGAUCCAAUCUAUAAGGCUGCACAGUACAUCUUGAAUUACAUCCUCACUGGCUUCAAUGAUGAUCUUAGUGAGGACCUUUGCGCUAUGAGUGUGUUGGUGUCGCGCAUUCAGGAGUUUGUUUGUGAUGCUAAAAAAUAUGUUAACUACAAAGCAACCCAGAUCAUUGCGUUUGCCCGAGAUCACAAGCCUGUUGAGGUGCCACCAUCAAUGUCUAGGCCUGGAGCUUUGCAGCAAAAGAACCAUUCGCGAGUUUCGCACGUGUCAUUUAGUGGCGUGGCCAGUACUAUUGGUGUGGGCAGCUACGAAAUACAUCCUUUUGUUGAUGUCCGUCCUUGUACGGAUCGUCGUCCCACACCUGCUGGUUCGCUCGCCUCGUUGGUCGUCAGUCAAAUCGGUGAACAAGUUAUCCAGGACAAAGUUAAGUUGCCGCACAUGAACAGAAACGAAAUUGUUUUCAUCGAACACUAUUUGGUUAAGUUCAAGCGGGACUUAUUGGUUGGUCUGGACAAGAUGGUAUUCACUGCCAUUCAGUGUCAUUUUGACAAUCGCAUUAUGGACGUGCGAGAGGAGCUGCUCGAAUUGGAUCGCUAUUACCUAUUCAACGAAAUUGCUCGGGGCAUUUUAAGCUAUGCGGUGAAUCCGCUGAAUUAUCAGUCUAUUUUGAAAUUGGCUAUUAGCGUGUUGGCCAGCGAAAGUAUCUGGGAAUUGCAACAGACGCUACUGAAACCGGGUAGAGAACCACGGGGCUUGAGUCACCCCUGCAGCUGCGGCUCAGAGGCGGAGCGUGAGCAACUUGCUCUAUGCAUGAAUUAACUUUGAGCAGAUGGAAUUUUAAAUUAAAUCCUGUCCAUGAUUUAGCUGAGACUCGAGAACAGAAUAAUCGUAAACUUUUUGAAAACAGUUAUGAUAAAUUUUGUGUCAUGUUAGUGCCUGUUACUCACUCUGUUUAAGUAAAUCAAUAAAAAUUCCUUGUCCUUAGUAUAUUUA